UGCCCGCGGGGCGGGGCCCAGCUCUGCCCGCCCCGCCCGGCUCGGCUCGGCCGCGGGGGUGGAGAGCCAUGGCGGGGCGAAACCCGGGCACCGAGCUGGAACUUGGCUGGAUCUCAAAAGUGUAUGUGAAUCGACCUGCAGUUGUGAUGCAUGCAGAACAAAUUAAAAAAUGGAAAACUUUGAAAGGUAAUUGGCAAGCUGCUUGGCUGCUGAAAGCUGUCACCUGCAUAGACCUCACCACUCUUUCAGGAGAUGACACUCCUUCAAAUGUUCAAAGACUGUGUUUUAAAGCAAAGCAUCCUAUCAGAGAGGAUCUGCUCAAAGCCUUGGACAUGCAUGAUAAGGGCAUUACUGUUGGGGCAGUUUGUGUGUAUCCUGCAAGAGUCACCGAUGCUGUUAAUGCCCUAAAGGCUGCUGGUUGUAACAUACCAGUAGCUUCAGUGGCCGCUGGGUUUCCAUCUGGACAAACUCCUCUAGAAACCAAACUGGCUGAAAUAAAGCUGGCUGUGGAAUAUGGUGCCAGAGAGAUUGACAUUGUCAUUAGCAGGAGUCUGGUGCUGACUGGCCAGUGGGAAGGUCUCUACGAGGAGAUACGUCAGUGCCGUAAGGCCUGUGGAGAAGCUCAUAUGAAAACAAUCUUGGCAACAGGUGAAUUGGGGUCCCUUGCUAAUGUCUACAAAGCCAGUAUGAUUGCUAUGAUGGCAGGUUCUGAUUUUAUAAAGACAUCUACAGGAAAGGAGGUGGAAAAUGCAACAUUUCCAGUUGGAAUAGUCAUGAUGCGAGCCAUUAAAGAAUACUACUGGCAAACUGGCAACAAGGUUGGAUUUAAACCUGCUGGGGGCAUUCGGACAGCAAAAGAAGCUAUUACUUGGCUUAUGCUGGUGAAGGACGAGCUGGGAGUGGAAUGGCUGACACCAGAGCUCUUUCGCCUGGGUGCCAGUAGUUUGCUGGGAGACAUUGAGCAACAGAUUUUCUAUCAUGUGACUGGCUCUUAUCCACUUCAGCAUGAACUGGCAAUGGCUUAAACACAAAAUCAGCUCAGGAUUACUUUCACAAAAGAGGUCUUUAAGCAAACAGCAUUCAAAAGUCUUCUGACAACCAAGUGCAUAUGAUGGAAUGAAAGGCCUAAUUCUCCCUUCUUCAUAUUUUAUAGUAUUUAAAAAUAUGCUCAAGUCUGCUGGUUGUACUUGAUCCAAAAGCAAAAAAAGUGGUAUUUCUGAAAUAGUUAAAUAGUUAAUACUUACAGAUUUGCAAAGUUAAUCUUCCAAAGUUCCUCAGACCAGGCUGAAAAGCUUAUUAAUGGCAACACUGAAAUACUAUGAAAAAGAUUUAGGUGGCCUGGUAACAUUUUGCAGUCACAGAAUAUGAAGAAUCUAUGGAAUGUUUCAGAUUGCUAAUUAAGAGCUACUGAUCUUGAAAUAGAUUUCCAUUCACCUCAGACAAAAUCUUCUGGCACAAAUGUGUUGCACUAUUAAUUGUUAUGUUGAUUCAGUUUCAAGCAUUAUAACUGGAAAGAAGAAUGAAACUUGGCUAUUACUGUCUUUUAUAAAAUGUCUUCUGUAUCAAAAAACCCCACCUCUUUUUUAUUUUUUGUAUCUUUCCCCUCACACUUGGGCACAGACAUCCAUAUUUAGACCCUUGAAUAAAAGUGGCUUGAUUUCUAGAGCAGCUGAGUAUCCACAGUUGCUCCUGAAGUUAAUGGGAGCUCUGGGUGAUCAGAACAACUGAAAAUCAAGCAGUCUCUAUAUAGGUGCCUAACUAUGCAUUCAGGGGCCUAUUUUUAGCCAUUUCACUCUUAAAAUUUUAGUCUAACUUGCUUAGAAGCUCCCAUUCCUGUCUCCUGUCAUUUUAAAACGCAUUCAUGCAAAUCUUUCCAUUUUAACGUAGGGGGGGGGUUGACUGUCAGUUUGCAGGUGUCACUGCUGGCUAAACUUCAACUUUGCCAUUCUAAAAGCAAUUAUUUAAUUUAAAAGGAGAAUUGAAUUGUGUCCUGUAUGGGGUUUAAUGCUUUAAUGU